CCGAAUUUUCGUCCCCGUUCUCUCUAAACCCUCGGCGACUUCCCCCCUUCAAAUUCCCCAAAUUCGCCCUCUUUCUUGCUCUUUCCUUUCUGAUGACUUCUUCCGCCGGAAGCUUGGACUCGCCGGCCAACUCCACCGGGACGACGGCGUUCGCCUUCUCGCCGACCUGCUCCUCCUUCACGGAGCUCCUAGCCAGCGACGACGGAGGCCGGAGGGACUCCGAGGGGACCGGAGGAGGAGUGCCCAAGUUCAAGUCGGCACCGCCACCGUCGCUGCCCAUAUCCCGACCGCCCGUCUCGGCUUCCUCCUGCUUCGCCAUCCCCGCCGGACUUAGCCCUGCGGAGCUCUUGGAUUCCCCUCUUCUCCUCUCGUCUUCUCAUAUGUUGCCAUCUCCAACUACGGGGACUUUUCCGGCACAAGCUUUGAAUUCGAGGUUCUUCUCUGCUACUUCUCAACUUGGCAACAGCAUCGAGAACAAAAAUUUCUCCUUCCGUACCAACACAAUUCCACAAAACUUGCAGACGGCACCGUAUCAGAAUUCCCUGGCUGCAAUUUCUCCGUGGAAUCAUCAUGAGACCAGUGGCAACAACUCUGAACUAUCUUCCUUGAAAUCCAGCAUCAAAGUUGAAGCUGUCGCUCCAGCGCAGGCAAACUCUCAAGCCAGCAAUGGCGGUGGAAUCCAAGCUUCUGUGUCUCUUCAAGAUCAGAGGAGGUUGGAGGAUGGAUACAACUGGAGGAAAUAUGGCCAGAAACAAGUCAAAGCAAGUGACAACCCGCGAAGCUACUACAAGUGUACAUACCCUAAUUGCCCAACGAAGAAGAAGGUGGAGAGAUCCUUGGAUGGGCAGAUCACUGAAAUUGUGUACAAGGGGACUCACAAUCACCCAAAACCUCAAUCCACCAGAAGGAACUCAGUUGCUAUGGCCCAAUCAUUCCAGGGUGCUGUGUCUUCCAAAGCUUCUGAGAACUCCUGCGGGCAAUCAGACAUGCCUAUUGAUUCAGUUCAGACGCCUGAUAAUUCGUCAGUGUCGUUUGGGGAUGAUGAGAUUGAUAUGAGCUCCCAACAGAAUAAUCAGGAUGUCAAUGAUUUCGAUGAAGAUGAACCUGAUUCCAAGCGAUGGAAGGCGGAAGGUGAGAAUGAAGGGGUGCCAGGCCCAGGAAAUAGAACUGUUAGAGAGCCCAGAGUGGUGGUUCAGACACAGAGUGACAUCGACAUCCUUGAUGAUGGAUAUCGAUGGAGAAAAUAUGGACAAAAGGUGGUGAAAGGGAAUCCAAAUCCAAGGAGUUACUACAAAUGCACCACCAUGGGUUGCCCAGUGAGGAAACAUGUGGAGAGAGCAUCCCAUGAUACGAAAUCAGUGAUCACCACAUACGAAGGCAAGCACAACCAUGAUGUGCCUGCAGCCAGAGGCAGCGGUGCGCCACUACUCACCCGGCCUCAGCCAGAUUGCCAUGGCGUCGCCAUGGCAAUUCGCCCAUCGGUCAUGAUGAAUCACGUCAACCAAAUUGUGGCCAACAAUGCCUUCAACGGAAGACUGAAUGCAGCGGUGGAUUAUGGGUUAGGUUAUCAGAACUCAAUCAACUCAUUCAUAACUCAACAACAACAGCUGCUGCAGCAGCAACAAGCACACAUGGGGAACAUGUUCUCCGAAACAAAGGAAGAACCAAGGGAAGACUCGUUCCUCGACUCACUGCUAAUUUAAAUUGGAUUUCAGUUGAUCAUUGGGUGAAGCAGCAUACAAUGAUACAGCAUACGGUUUUAGUCAGUAGAACUUCUUGUACAUCACAUGAGGUCUUCCAAGUUCAAAGUUAUGAUAUAUAUAGACGAUAAGCUUCAAUUUGUUUAUUUGUUAUAGGCCUCAAUACACUUCAUAAACAGGCCUCUGAACCACUAAUAUUUCUGUAUAAUUUAAAGGGAAAAAAUUGCAGUCUAGGAUGUAGCAAGUUGGUUAACUUCCAAGUUUGCAAAUAUUUUCUACAAUAUAAAUGAUUUGUUUUCAUAA